ACGAGGGCAGCACGUUCUCAUCGCGUCACGUCUGACGUUCUCAACUCGGCGGCGUACAGCGGAAGUGGCAGACCAGUGUUUUCCCAAGUCAUUGUCCGCAAACUAGCAGAAGAUACCUGACAUUGUUGUCACAAACAGAAAAUAUCUGCGCUCAUUACUUUGCUUUUAUACUAGACAAAAUGCCGUUGGAAAACCUGGAAGAAGAGGGUCUGCCUAAAAACCCCGAUCUUAGGAUAGCACAGCUGAAAUUUUUGCUCACGAUGGACGGUCACCGACAAGAUGAUAAAGUUAAAACUGAGCUCAUGGACUCGAUCAAAGAGAACAAUAUGGCACCUUACUAUGAAAGCCUGUGUAAAGACCUGAAGUGGCAACUUGACACAGACCUGCUGAAUAAGAUGAAGAAGGCCAACGAGGACGAGCUGAAACGCCUGGAUGAUGUCCUGGAAGAUGCAGAGAAGAACCUCGGGGAGAGUGAAAUCCGAGAUGCAAUGAUGGCUAGAGCUGAAUAUCUCAUCCGAAUCGGGAAUAAAGAGGACGCUUUGACUGCCUUCAGGAAGACCUUUGAUAAGACUGUGGCCCUGGGACAUCGACUAGACAUUGUGUUCUACCUGCUAAGGAUUGGACUGUUCUAUAUGGACAGUGACCUCAUCACACGCAACACUGAGAAAGCUAAAAGCCUUAUUGAGGAGGGGGGUGACUGGGACAGGAGGAACCGUCUCAAGGUGUACCAGGGCCUGUACUGUGUGGCCAUCCGUGACUUUAAACAGGCUGCUGAGCUCUUCCUGGACACAGUGUCUACCUUCACCUCCUAUGAGCUCAUGGAUUACAAGACCUUCGUCACGUACACUGUCUACGUCUGCAUGAUUGCCCUGAAGAGGCCCGACCUCAGAGAAAAGGUGAUAAAGGGAGCAGAGAUCCUGGAGGUGCUGCACAGUCUCCCUGCUGUCCGCCAGUACCUCUUCUCCCUCUACGAGUGUCGCUACUCUGUCUUCUUCCAGUCACUGGCCACGGUGGAGCAGGAUAUGAAGAAGGACUGGUUGUUUGCCCCUCACUACCGUUACUACGUGAGGGAGAUGCGUAUCCAUGCUUACAGCCAGCUCCUGGAGUCCUACCGCUCACUCACCCUGGGCUACAUGGCUGAGGCCUUUGGAGUCAGUACAGAGUUCAUUGACCAGGAACUCUCCCGAUUCAUAGCUGCUGGUCGCCUCCAUUGCAAAAUCGACAAAGUAAACGAGAUUGUGGAAACCAACAGACCUGAUAGCAAGAAUUGGCAGUACCAGGAGACAAUCAAGAAAGGGGACCUACUGCUCAACCGUGUCCAGAAACUGUCCCGAGUUAUUAACAUGUAACAUGGGGUGCAGCGUUACCUUUGGGAGGGAGAUCUGGCGUUUCCCUGUUGUAUCAGUAUCCACACCAGUAGUUUGUCUGAAGAAGCGACCCUUAUUGUGUAUAUAAUAAAUUCUUUUUGGUGACUUCUUCUUUUCCUUUGAUACACACAUGGAUGAAAGUGAUUACUGAAAUAAAACCACUUCAGUAAAGAAA